AACCUAAGGGUGUCAAUGUAAUUUACCAACCUAAUUAAUUAUAGAGACCGCAACGCUGACCAACAUCAGAAGGUUCCUGUGGUGAGUCCUGCGUCGUCUUCUUCUCCAAAACGCGGUUUUAACCAACCACUCCAAAGUCACCUUCUUUUCCAAGUUGAAGAUCUUGUUGCUAGGGCUUUGGAAAUUAAAAGACUUUUGACUGAUUGUGUGGGAGUGAAAUAUAAACUAGGGUUUCAAAGAUGAGUGACAAUUUUAUGGACAAAUUUAGCUCUUUCAGCGAGCGUUUGAAGAUUGGUGGAGCAGAGGUUGGUCGAAAGAUGAGUGCUGGCAUGAGCUCAAUGAGUUUCAAGAUGAAGGAGUUGUUUCAAGGUCCAAAUCAGGUUGAUAAGAUUGUUGAGGAAGCUACGGCUGAAACACUGGACGAGCCUGAUUGGGCCACUAAUCUUGAACUUUGUGAUAUGAUCAAUCAUGACAAGAUCAACAGCGUCGAAUUGAUCCGUGGAAUAAAGAAGCGGAUCAUGUUGAAGAGUCCCAGGGUUCAGUUUUUGGCUCUGUCGUUGCUUGAAACGGUUGUUAAGAAUUGCGAGAAGGCAUUCUCGGAGGUUGCUGCUGAGAGGGUGCUUGAUGAGAUGGUGAAGUUGAUUGAUGAUCCUCAGACUGUUGUUAACAACCGGAACAAGGCUCUGAUAUUGAUUGAAGCUUGGGGGGAGUCAUCUAAUGAGCUCCGGUAUUUGCCUGUUUAUGAAGAGACAUACAAGAGUUUGAGAUCAAGGGGCAUACGGUUCCCUGGCCGUGAUAAUGAGAGUUUGGCUCCUAUUUUUACUCCCCCUCGUUCAGUCUCGGCUGCAGAAACCAAUGCUAGUCUUGCUCAACAAAUUCAUCAUGAGAUUCCUGCUCAAACCUUUUCAGCAGAACAAACAAAGGAAGCAUUUGAUGUGGCUCGAAAUAGUAUUGAGCUUCUUACAACAGUUUUGUCCUCUUCACCCCAACAAGAUGCUUUAGAGGAUGACUUGGCAACCACACUGGUACAUCAGUGUCGUCAGUCCCAAUAUACUGUCCAGAGAAUCAUUGAGACUGCUGGGGACAACGAGGCCCUGCUUUUUGAAGCCUUGAAUGUCAACGAUGAAAUCCAACAAGUCCUCACCAAGUAUGAAGAUUUGAAGAAACCUUCCAUAGUUCCACAGGAGCCAGAACCUGCUAUGAUUCCGGUAGCAGUUGAGCCUGAUGAUUCACCUCGUGUUGGGAAAGAAGAUGCUUUGAUCAGAAAACCAGCAAGCUCUCGAGCUGGUGGUGCUCAGGGAGGGAACAAUGAUGACAUGAUGGAUGACCUCGAUGAGAUGAUUUUUGGCAAAAAAACUGGCAGUGCAUCUGAAGCGGGGGGGCAGGAUGCAAAGAAGCAGCAACCGCCUAAAGAUGAUCUGAUAUCGUUUUAAGCUCUUCAUCUUCUUCUUUUUUUUUUCUUUUUUUUUUUCUUUUUUCCCUUCUGUUUGAUCAUUUGGGUCUGACUGAUAAUUUGGAUGGUUUUAAUUUGGGAGUUUUAGGUGUUGGGAGACAUUUUAGUUUGAUGCUCCUAUAAACCAUCAUAAACAAACAGGACUGGGGUGAUUCUUUUCUCUCUUUCAUACGGCUUCGGGUUUUGACUUCUAUUGUUGAUUGUGCACAUUAUGUAAGUAAUUUGUGUCUGGAUUUGGCUUUAGAUAAUUGGCUUGAGAAGCUAUCUAUAUACAGAAAUGAAUAUUAUGAACUUUAUGCAGCAUUGGUCUGUAUUUUUAAUAUGAUGGUUUAGGAAUGUC